AUGAGCUCACUGCCAUUUUCCCUUCUCUCUCUACCUCCCACAAACCACAGCACAUCCAUUACCAGUUGUUUACUCUAUAAAAACUUGCACACAACAGAAGCUUCAUCAGCCAAAUCCACAAGCCACCACAUCACCUCUUCUCACCUGUUAAAACUAAAUGAAAACUCAACCUUAUGUGCAAGAAGAGAAGUAAUUGGACUUGGAGUUUGUUCUGGUCUUCUUCAAGUUCUUUUACAACCACAGGCCUUUGCAGCAGCAGCAGCAGCAGAAGCAGAAGCCAGUCCUUGUGAGCUAACCGAAACUCCGUCGGGGUUAGCAUACUGCGAUAAAGCUCUAGGAAGUGGCCCAGAGGCUGUCAAAGGACAACUAAUUAAGGCGCAUUAUGUGGGCAAAUUGGAGAAUGGAAAGGUCUUCGAUAGCAGCUACAAUCGCGGAAAGCCCCUUACAUUUCGUAUUGGUGUUGGUCAGGUACGUACAAUUUUUAGUACAAUCAUGAACUGUAUCCUUCUUGUGAAUCCUGGGACUGUUAAGUCAAGAAUGAAUCAGUGAAUGAAUUACAAUGAUUAAUCAAAUUGUGACCUCUAUUAUAGUCAAUCAACUGAAAAGUUCUGUCGUAAAAUGGCCAACGAGCUGAGUUAUGGUUGAGAAAGGAAUUGGUUUGUUGAGUGAUUCACAUCACUGACUACAGCAAUAAAUGUGUCAUUGGGCAGUAUCACCUCCAGAGUCGUUUUGGCCGAUUCGUGCUGCAAUUUUAGACUGAACGCACAAGCCCACAUCAUUACCAUAGAAAUUGAUGAUGCACAAAAAUAGUUUUGCACAUCACCUGUCAAGUGUAGGUAAUAAAUACAGUGAAAUCAAUGAAAA